GGUUAAAACUUUACAUUAAUCCCGGAUGUGUGCGUGGUGGUGAUGGACGGUGUGCGGCAGCCACUGCGCCACACAGCGACCACAACAACACCCGGGCGAGGCAGAGAAGGCGCCGCGGCGGCCUUAUCUUCCCUUCACGGCCCUGGGAACAAGCCAUGACAGGGCUGCAGGACUCGGGGCGGCACAUCUCAGGCUAGGGGCAGCAGGGUAUUUUGUACUUAUUAUAUCUGAGAGCCGAGUGAAAGUAAGCAAAGAUGAGCAACAUAAAGAUGAACCAGUUUGUGGCGGGGCUAAAGUCCCGCCAGGAGGAGACCCGAGUGAAGGCGGCUUGUGACCUGCAGCGCUAUGUGACCACAGAGCUGAGAGAGGUGUCGGUGGAUGCUUUGGUGGCCUUCCUGGAUGACUUCAACCAGCACAUCUUUGAAAUGGUCACCUCUAAUGACAUCAAUGAAAAGAAGGGUGGAAUUUAUGCCAUCAUGAGUCUGGUGGAUGUGGACAUCGGGCAGACAGGACACCGCAUCAGUCGCUUUGGUAAUUACCUGAAGAACCUCACCAACAGUCCUGACACUGGUGUGGUAGAGCUGACGGCCAAGGCGGUGGGUCGUCUGGCUCUUACCUCAGGUACGUUCAUGACCGAGUACGUGGAUGACCUGGUGAAGAGGUCCUUUGAGUGGUUGCAGGACCGUAAUGAAGGGCGCAGGCUGGCUGCGGCACUGCUGCUGCGUGAGUUGGCCCUCUCAGUGCCCACCUACUUCUUCCAGCAAGUGCAGCAGUUUCUUGAUGUUAUCUUCCAUGCUGUACGGGACCCCAAGCCAGCUAUCAGAGAGCAUGCUGUGGCUGCCUUGCGUGUUGCCCUGGCCAUCACCACACAGAGAGAGACCAAGGAGAUGCAACAGACCAUGUGGUACAAGCAGUGUCUGACAGAGGUGUGGGCAGGCUUUGAGGACCCGGGCCACGGCAGCAAGGAGCGCAGCCUCACCCGGGAGGACCGCGUUCAUGGGUCGCUGCUGGUGCUGAAUGAACUACUCCGCUGCAGCAACACAGAGUGGGAACGCCUCACCCAACAGCUCCACCACCUCACCCACUACCAGGCUCCUGCACCCAAGAAGGCAGGUGUGUCUGCAGUGGUGAAGCGUCUGAGGGGAGGUCAAACUUCUAUCAGCGCGCCAUCUCAUUUGACUUCCCAUGAUCUCCUGUACAGCCUGCCCUCCCACGCCAACCCCGGCAUAGGGGGUUCGGAGACCACCAUCCUGGACCAGCCCUGUGAGAGCCGCACCUGCAGGGACCUCAUCCUGGAGAAGUACGACAACAUUAGCGCCCAGGUCCUGAAUCAGAGGAACAGUCGAAACGCCCUCAUCCAGACAGCUCUGCUUCAGAUCCUCCCAAGGCUGGCAGCCCUCAAUAAGGAAAAGUUUUCACAAAACUACCUGUCAGCCACCAUGGGGUACCUGCUGGGCUGUCUGAGGGGCAGAGAGAGGGAGAGGCCGGCUGCUUUCAUCUCCUUGGGGCUGCUGGCUGUGGCAGUGGGCCCAGCCAUUAAGAAGUACCUACCUAAAAUUAUGGAGGUGAUAAAGGCUUCACUACCCACAAAGGACACGCCCAGCAAGAAGCGAGUGGUGGAGCCGGCGGUGUACGUGUGCGUGAGUCUGGUGGCCCGGGGGGUGGAGGGGGCCCUGCGCGCUGAUGUGAAGGAGCUGCUGGAGCCCAUGAUGGCCAGUGGUCUCUCUCCUCCCCUCACUGUGGCCCUGCAGGAGUUGGCCACAGAGAUACCACAGCUAAAGAGAGACAUUGCUGAGGGUCUGCUGAGGAUGCUGUCCCAAAUCCUGAUGCAGAGGCCCCUUCCAAGUCGAGCUGGUGCCCCUCCUCCCCCGCCCUCCCCCGACCACCAGGACACGGCCAGCAUCGUUCUGGCUCUCAGGACUCUUGGAUCCUUCGACUUUGAGGGCACAGGCCAAUCGCUGAUGCAGUUUGUCCAGCAUGUGGCAGACCACUACCUCACCAGCGAACACAAGGAGGUGCGGCUGGAGGGGGUGCGGACCUCCUGCCACCUCCUGCGCCCCACCUUUGCCACGCUAGGCCGACGCGCCUCGCAGUCACAAAAACACACCGUCUUCAAAAUCGUCAGCAAGAUCCUCUGGGUGUCCGUCACUGAUAUAGACCCUGAUGUGCGGCUGUGUGUGUUGGCAUCACUGGACGAGAGUUUUGACGCACAUCUGGCCCAGCCUGAGAACAUCAACGCCCUCAUCUAUGCCCAGAGUGAUGAGGUGUUUGAAAUACGGGAACAUGCCAUCUCCAUUCUGGGCCGCCUCUCAGCCAUCAACCCUGCCUAUGUCCACCCUCAGCUGCGGAAAGCUCUCCUCAAGAUCCUGGACGAGCUGGACUACAGUGGCAUUGGGCGCAACAGGGAGUUGAGUGCGCACAUGCUGGACCACCUGAUAGGCAACGCACCACGCUUCAUGAGGCAGUUUGUGGAACCCAUCAUGUUGGUACUGGUGCCCAAGCUGAGGGAUCAAGACCCCAACCCGGCUGUUACUGUCUGCAUCCUCACUGCCAUCGGAGACUUAGCACAGGUGAGUGGCGGGGAGAUGCAGAAGUGGCUGGGUGAGCUCAUGCCACAGCUGCUAGAGAUGCUCGGGGACGGAACAUCAGGGUGGAAGCGACGAGUGGCCCUGUGGACUCUGGGUCAGCUGGUGGAGAACACGGGCUAUGCAACGCACCCCUACACCCAACACCCCACCCUGCUGGACGUGCUGCUCUCCUUCCUCAAGACAGAACAGCAGCCAGCCGUCAGGCGGGGCACCAUUCGAGUCCUGGGCUUGCUGGGGGCUCUGGACCCCUACAAGCACAAGAUGAACGUGGGCACCAUCAAGAUACAGGAGGAUACGGGUGUGGCCGUCAUCUCCAUCACUGACCCAAAGACUGACGAUCUCUCUCCAGAGAUGGGCACGAGUGAGAUGCUGGUGAACAUGAGCUACUCGUCCCUUGAGGAGUUCUACCCUGCGUGUGCCAUCGCCAUGCUGCUCAAGGUCAUCAAGGAUCCCACCCUCUCACAGAACCACAAUGAAGUCGUCAGGGCCAUCACCUUCAUCUUCAAGUCCCUGGGGGUGAAGGGAGUACCAUACCUUGCCCAGGUGGUCCCCUCGCUCCUCACUGUCAUCAGGACCUCUGACGCCAACUUCCGGGACUUCCUCUUCCAGCAACUGGCAACCCUCAUCGGCAUUGUCAAGCAGCACAUCCGUAACUACCUGGAUGGCAUCAUUAAGGUUCUAAAGGAGUUCUGGGUGACGGGUGGCAAGCGCGAGACCACCAUAACCAUCAUCACGGUGGUGGAGAGCAUCGCGGUUGCUGUGGGCUCAGAGUUCAAGGUGUACCUCAAGGAACUGGUGCCCAUGAUACUCAAGUCCAUGAUUCAUGACUCAAAGGAGAAGCAAGUCACAGGCAAGCUGCUCCUAGCCUUCCAGAGCUUUGGGGCAACCCUAGAGGAGUUUCUACAUAUGAUCCUUCCCUACGUGGUGAAGCUCUUUGAUGCCCCCGACGUGCCGCUGACUGUCCGCCGCACUUCCCUGGAGACUGUCGACCACUUUGCUGACUACCUCGACCUCACCGACUACACCUCCAAGAUCAUACACCCCCUGAUGCGCACGUUGGACACCUGCCCUGAGCUGCGUCCACAGGGGAUGGAUGUGCUGUGUGCACUGGCCACUCAGCUGGGGCGCUCCUAUGAGUGCUUCAUCCCCGUCGUUCACCGCAUCACCAUCAGGCACAAAAUUUCACACCCGAGAUACGACAUCCUGGUGGCCAAGGUCGUCAAGGGCCUGACUGUUUCUGAGGCAGAGAUGACCAUCAUAACAGCCCACCAGCGCACCAAACGACCCCACAACCGCGAUCACCAGCUGGAGGCAGACUCUGUCACCAUCAAGAAGGGCACAGUGGGUGUGGAGUCCAUCCAGCGGGCGUGGCACUUCGUACGUCUUGUGAGUAAGGAUGACUGGCUUGAGUGGCUCAGGAGGUUCAGCAUAGAGCUUAUGAAGGCAUCACCAUCACCAGCUCUCAGGUCCUGUUAUGCUGUGGCCACAAAGUAUGUUCAGCUCUCAAGGGACCUGUUCAAUGCUGCUUUUGUGUCCUGCUGGAGUGAGCUGAAUGAGAGCCUCCAGGAUGACCUUCUCCAGUCCCUCCGCCAAGCUCUCACCUCACAGGACAUCCCCGAGAUCACCCAGACUCUCCUCAACCUGGCAGAGUUCAUGGAGCACUGUGAUAAGGGUCCACUGCCUCUAGAGCUGCAGCUGCUGGGAGAGAAGGCAAUGGAGUGUCGGGCAUAUGCCAAGGCACUUCAUUACAAGGAGGAAGAGUUCCACAAGGGCCCCACCUCUGAGGUCCUGGAACACCUCAUCUCCAUCAACAACAAGCUGGGCCAGAAGGAGGCAGCUGCAGGGUUACUGGAGUACGCCCGCAAGAACAACCGCACAGACAUGAAGGUGCAGGAGCGGUGGCACGAGAAGCUGCAUGACUGGGACCAGGCUCUCCAGGCGUACUCCACCAAGCUGGAGACACAGCCCGACGACCUCGCCCUCGUGCUGGGCCAGAUGAGGUGUCUGGAGGCCCUCGGGGAAUGGGGAGAGCUGUACAGUGUGUCGUGUGACCGGUGGAUGGGGACGAUGCCGGAGGAGGUGCGAGCCCAGAUGUCCCGAGUGGCUGCAGCAUCCGCCUGGGCCAUGGGGGAGUGGAGCAUGAUGGAGGAGUACAGCCGCUGCAUCCCCCGCGACACCAACGAGGGGGCCUUCUACCGCGCUGUGCUGUCCGUGCAUAAAGACCAGCAUCAUGUGGCCCAGCAGUACAUUGACACAGCAAGGGAUCUUCUGGACACGGAACUCACAGCCAUGGUGGGAGAAAGUUACCAGCGUGCCUACAACUCCAUGGUGGCAGUGCAGAUGCUGGCCGAGCUGGAGGAGGUGAUUCAGUACAAGCUGGUGCCGGAGCGGAGGCAGCCCAUCACACAGAUCUGGUGGGAGAGGCUGCAGGGGUGCCAACGUGUGGUGGAGGACUGGCAGAAGAUCCUGCAGGUGCGCUCCCUUGUACUGUCCCCUCAGGAGGACAUGCGGCCGUGGCUCAAAUUUGCCUCGCUGUGCCGCAAGUCAGGUCGCCUCGCCCUCUCCCACAAGACACUGGUGCGUCUACUUGGCUGUGACCCAUCCGUCAGCCCCUCCCAGCCUCUGCCCAUCAGCCACCCUCAUGUCACCUACCAAUACUGCAAGCACAUCUACACCUACACAAACAGACGCCAGGAGGCUUAUGGGCGCCUGCAGAAGUUCCUCCAGUUCUUGGCUCCUGCUGUGGUUGUCGUGGGUGGAGGCAACCAGAAUGGGGACAACAAGCUCCGUAAACUAGUCUCCCGUGUCUACCUCAAGCUGGGUGACUGGUAUGAGCAGCUUCAUGGCCUGAAUGAGGAGAACAUUGCUAACAUCCUGACCUACUACACCCACGCCAAGGACACGGACGAGACCUGCUACAAGGCCUGGCACGCCUACGCCUACAUGAACUUUGAGGCGAUACUCUUCUACAAAGGGAAGAUGGAUGUCAAGGGAGAGGCACCCACCACACCAGGGGAGGAUUCAACAUCAGGGGCAGCUGCUGUGGUCACCCCUAGCAAGAAAAAGAGGUCAGCUGGAGACUUCACUGUGGCGGCAGUCAAAGGGUUCAUUCGCUCCAUCUCUCUGAGUGACGGCAACAGCCUGCAGGACACACUGCGCCUGCUGACUGUCUGGUUUGAGCACGGCCACCAGUCUGGGGUUUAUGAGGCCCUGGUGGACGGACUCAAGACCAUUCAGAUUGACACUUGGCUGCAGGUCAUCCCGCAGCUCAUUGCUCGCAUAGACACCCCACGCUCUCUGGUGUCCAAGCUCAUCCACCAACUGCUUAUGGACAUUGGCAAGCACCACCCUCAGGCCCUCAUCUAUCCCCUCACUGUGGCAGCCAAGUCCUCAGUGGUCGCCCGUUCUCAAGCUGCAGAGAAGAUCCUGAAGAACAUGAGGGAACAUUCAGCUAAUCUUGUACAGCAGGCCAUGAUGGUCUCGGAGGAACUGAUCCGUGUGGCUAUCCUGUGGCAUGAGACUUGGCACGAGGGUCUGGAGGAGGCCAGUCGACUCUACUUUGGGGAGCGCAACGAGUCAGGGAUGUUCCGCACGCUGGAGCCGCUGCACGCCAUGAUGGCUCGCGGUGCACAGACACUCAAGGAGAUGUCCUUCAACCAGGCCUUCGGGCGAGACCUGAACGAGGCGCUGGAGUGGUGUCGCCGCUACCAACGAUCACGCAAUGUACGCGAGCUGAAUCAGGCGUGGGACCUCUACUACCAUGUGUUCCGUCGCAUCUCCCGCACACUGCCGCAGCUCACCUCUCUCGAGCUGCAAAGCGUCUCUCCACGACUGCUUCAGUGCAGAGACUUGGACAUUGCUGUGCCAGGCUCUUACGCACCUGGCCAACCUGUCAUUUGUAUCAGUCAAGUGCAGUCCUCUCUCCAGGUGCUCACCUCCAAACAGCGACCCAGGAAGUUGUGUAUCCGCGGCAGCAACGGCAGGGACUUUGUAUUCUUGCUGAAGGGUCACGAGGAUCUGCGUCAGGAUGAGCGUGUGAUGCAGCUCUUCGGCCUGGUCAACACACUGCUCAUCAGCAACCCAGACACCUUCCGCCGCAACCUGACCAUUCAGCGGUUCGCCGUCAUUCCACUGUCCACCAACUCGGGCCUGAUUGGGUGGGUGCCUCACUGUGACACUCUGCACGCCCUCAUCCGAGACUGGCGUGAGAAGAAGAAGAUCCUGUUGAACAUCGAGCACCGCAUCAUGCUGCGGAUGGCCCAGGACCUGGACCACCUCACCCUCAUGCAAAAGGUGGAGGUGUUUGAGCAUGCGCUGGAACACACACACGGUGAUGAUCUGUCGCGGCUGCUGUGGUUCAAAAGUCCCUCCUCCGAGGUGUGGUUUGAUCGGCGCACCAACUACUCCCGCUCCUUGGCCGUCAUGUCCAUGGUGGGCUACGUUCUGGGCCUCGGCGACCGCCACCCCUCCAACCUCAUGCUGGACCAGCUUUCUGGUAAGAUCAUCCAUAUUGACUUUGGUGACUGCUUUGAGGUGGCAAUGAUGCGCGAGAAGUUCCCAGAGAAGAUUCCGUUCCGACUGACUCGCAUGUUGAUACAUGCCAUGGAGGUGACGGGCAUUGACGGCACAUACCGCAUGACCUGUGAGUCCGUCAUGGCCCUGAUCCGCCGCAACAAGGACUCCCUCAUGGCUAUGCUGGAGGCCUUUGUGCAUGACCCACUGCUUAACUGGCGCCUCAUGGACAACACACAGCCCAAGGGGAAGCGCUCGGUGGUGGCCGAGGGUGAGACUGGGCCAUCAGCGCCAGCCUCCACCUCUGCCAUUGCCCCUGAUCCUUCCCUGGAUCCCGCCCCAGCACACGCCCUCUCCCCGACCUCCAUGGGGCCGCACAGCCAGGCACGGGAGGAUGGUGGAGUGUCGGAGGCUCUCAACAAGAAGGCGGUGGCCAUCGUGCAUCGUGUGCGAGACAAACUGACAGGCCGAGACUUCUGCACCGAGGACUCGCUGGACGUGCACCGUCAAGUGGAGCUGCUCAUCGCUCAGGCUACCUCCCAUGAGAACCUCUGCCAGUGCUACAUUGGUUGGUGUCCCUUCUGGUGAACACACUCCUUCACCACCACUUGCACCACCCUACCAACACACUCUUCAGGGCAUGGUGUGUGGCAGGGAGUUACAUUACAUUACAUUACAGUGGGGAUGUGACAAAACUAACACAAUAGAACCUAUGCCAGUGAUACAUUGUCCAGUGUCCCUUCAGGUGAACACAUUGCUUCACAACCUCUUCCACUGCCCAAAGCCGCCCCUAACAUGGUCUUCAAAGGCAUAGCAUGUAGAGAGGAACAUUGCUGAGGGUUGGUGGUAGCGUGACACACCUCAUCCUAGUACGGCAGGAGUGUUGUAUGUUGUUGUUGGUGUUGUUGGUUGUUAAUGUUGUUGCAGUGUUCGCUAUGCCUCAAGGAUUCUGGCUAAACCUGGAGGAAGGUCGGUCUUUGUGUGCGUGGUAUAUUGACAGAGGAGGAGGAGGAAGAAAGGAGGAGGAGGAAGAGGAGGGAGGCAGCUACAAUCACCUCAGGCCAUAUUACAUCACACACGCACACACACACACACACACACAGGGACACUAACUAAACUAAUUCAGCUUCAGACCCCCGAAAGGAAUCUGUCAAAGAGGAGGAGGGGGAGAGACGGGAAAGGGGGGAGGAGGGAGAAGGGGGGAAAGAAUGAUGAAGGCACCUUGGCAACACUGGAGGGAAAAACGCCAGGUAGUCCGUCAACCUUCCUCUGUCUUUUGAUAAUGUCCAGAGAGGAAACUUUUUUUAUUGUCUUUUUCUCCACCCUUUUUUUCCCUCCUGAUCAUGAGUAAGGGAAGGAUUUUUUUUUUUCCUGCCCUUUAUACCAGCUGCCAUGAAGGGGAAGGAACCAAUUGUGAUGUUAGUUUCUUCUUCGGGGAUUUUGUGAUUUGUAAAGCCAAGUUACUAAUAGGUAAGGUAAGGCUAAUUUAGGUUAAGGUGCGCUGUAGGGUACGCUGUACACUAAUGAAUAAAGUUGACUGCUUGAA